UAAAACCGCAUGAAUUUCACUUCAAUCGAAGACUAAUUCAUAAUACGAAAAACCAGUCGUAAAAUCACAGAUUAAUUUAAAAAUUAUAAAGUUUUGGCGAGGAUCCUUACUAAAUAUAGUUUCGCCAUAGUCGGAAGAUAUCAUUAAAUUUCGUCGUUUUUAUAGUUGCACUGCAUCAAAAUCAUAGCAUAAUUAUCUCCUUCCAAAUUGUUAUAGGUUGAAGUAACCCUUUUUAAAGAUUCAAAGGACCUUCUUUAUAGCGUAUUUGUUUAUUUUUAUUCUAUUUAUAAUUUUUAUUUAGUUAAAUCAUAUUAUAAAUAUUUUUUCCAUAGUUCGUAACUUGCUCUGCAACCCUUUACUCACAAUUAUAAGCCCUUGGUCAUCUCGAGUUUUUUUCCUAUUUCAAAAAAAAAAUAAUAUCUUUAUGAUGGCAGCUGACGCAACUAUUCUCGGCAUACCUUUAAAGUAUGUCAGUUUGGUCACACUUUGCAUUCAAAAUAGUACGCUAGUAAUCGUAAUGCGUUACUCUCGACUUGAUAAAGAGAAUUUAUAUUAUACUUCAACUGCCGUAUUUUUAUCAGAGCUAAUUAAGCUCAUUAUCUGUCUCUAUGUCGCUGGACGAAAUCAAGUGCGUGAGACUGGACGACUUAGUAUUCAAGAACUCUAUUCUCAAAUUUUUGCACCUGACGCAUGGAAAUUAAUGAUUCCAGCAGCUCUUUACACUAUUCAAAAUAAUUUACAAUAUGUUGCCGUAAGCAUGUUGGAUGCUGCUACCUUUCAAGUUACUUAUCAAUUAAAAAUCUUGACAACAGCUUUAUGUUCUGUCAUUAUGCUCAAAACUUCUUUAAGCGGAAUGAAAUGGUUUUCUUUAGUCUUACUCACUUUUGGUGUUGCACUUGUUCAAAUGCCAAGUAGCGAUCAUGUAAAUUCAAAUGAGGAUGAUGAUGCGACCAUGGAAAAAAUUGUGGGUUUAGGGGCUGUGGCUGUAGCUUGCGUAAUUUCUGGUAUCGCUGGUGUAUAUUUUGAAAAAGUUCUUAAAAAUUCUAAAGCUUCCGUAUGGAUUCGAAAUGUUCAACUUUCAUUCUUUUCACUUUUCCCGGCUUUAAUUAUGGGAGUUUGGUGGAAAGAUGGGGCAGGAGUUUGGAAAAAUGGGUUCUUUUAUAAUUACAAUUAUGUAGUUCUAGGAGCAAUCGCCUGUCAAGCUAUUGGUGGUAUUAUUGUUGCCAUGGUCGUAAAAUAUGCAGACAAUAUUCUUAAGGGAUUUGCUACAUCAAUCUCAAUUAUUCUUAGCUUCCUCGCAUCAGUUUAUCUCUUUAAUUUUAUUGUUACUUCAACAUUUUUGAUGGGGGCUACACUUGUUUUAAUUGCAACAUAUGUGUAUAGUAAACCUGAUCCAAAAAAAGAAAUACCUUCAAAUAAUAAGGAAAAAGAUGAUGGGUAUGGUUAUGAUUAUACUCCUGCUAAUAAUGUUAACGGAAACGGUUAUACUUCCGUUGAUGGAUCUGAAUCACAAGUUUGAUUGGAAAUUAUUUUCUUUUUUUUUUUAAAUCACACACAUAUAUACAGAAAAAAUUCCCAACCAUUCUUCUUCAGCUUCAAAAAAUCGAAGUAACGAAACAUUCGAUAAAAAAUCAUAAUCGACUCUUCAAGUUCUUUUUUUUCCCUGUUUUAACUAUUAUAGAUUUAAAUGUAUAAUAUAAGUUUUUACUUUGUAGAUUUAUAAUUAUUGUUAUAUAAUAAUAGCUUAUUAUAAAUCUAAGAUUUUUUAUAGUGUAUAUUAAAUUACAAUACAGAGUUAAACUUUUUAAUUUCUAUUUGUUCUAUAAUAUAACGCAGACUUGAACUUUUUUAAUUUCUAUUUAUUCUAUAAUAAUUAAAAGGGGGGGGGAUUAGAUUGAUUAAUUAUAUUAUUUUAAUUAAGGGUCGCUGCAAAUUUCAUAAAUGAUAAUUUGUAAAUAGUUAAGUUCAAAAAUAAACUAACUUAUAG